CUUCAGCCCAAACUGCUCCUUCUGGAACUACUCGGAGCGCACAAUGACCGGCCAGUGGUCCACGCAGGGCUGCAGGCUGCUGGACACCAACAACACCCACACCACCUGCUCCUGCAGCCACCCUCACCAACUUUGCCCUGCUCAUGACUCACCAUGACAGCGACUUCCAGGGCCAGAUGCAGGAGCUGAUCCUGCUGGUCAUCACCUGGGUGGGCAUCGUCAUCUCGCUGGUGUGUCUCGCCAUCUGCAUCUCCACCUUCUGCUUCCUGCGCGGCCUGCAGACCGACCGCAACACCAUCCACAAGAACCUCUACGUCAACCUCUUCAUCGCCGAGCUGCUCUUCCUGGUCGGCAUCGACAAGACCGACUACCUGAUCGCCUGUCCCAUCUUCGCCGGACUGCUGCACUUCUUCUUCCUGGCUGCCUUCUCCUGGAUGUGCCUGGAGGGUGUGCAGCUCUACCUCAUGCUGGUGGAGGUGUUUGAGAGCGAGUACUCCCGCAAGAAGUACUACUACCUGUGCGGCUACUGCUUCCCCGCGCUGGUGGUGGGCAUCUCGGCGGCCGUCGACUACAGGAGCUACGGCACCAAGAAAGCAUGCUGGCUGCGAGUGGAUAACUACUUCAUCUGGAGCUUCAUCGGGCCCGUUUCAUUUGUUAUUAUGGUAUUAACUUCGCUGUCUGCCAGCGUGACGACUUUCAAUAUUGCACACAAACGCUCACUUCUGAGGUUAUCCAGAGUGCAGCGAGCGCACGCUCGGCUGCGCGUUGACUCCAUUGCUGUCUUCUCCGCAGCUCAACCUGCUCCUGCUGAUCAUCACGUUGCACAAGAUGAUUCGGAACUCAUCGGCGCUCAAGCCCGACUCCAGCCGCCUGGAUAACAUCAAGUGAGAUGGACUUUCCAGAUUCUUCUUUUUCAAACCCCGUCAUCAUAUUGUUAAGCGUGGCGCUCC